UGUGAGCAUUGGUGAUUAUUUCGUGUCUGAUGUGUGCCGUGGUUUAAUGCUCUGUGAUUUAGCCGCUACUUUUCAAUGUGAAAACGCAUUUUUACUGCAAACAUGAGUGCUGGAGGAGGAACUCCUUACAUUGGCAGUAAAAUAAGUUUGAUAUCCAAGGCGCAGAUUCGAUAUGAAGGAAUAUUGUCCUCUGUCGAUACAGAUAGGUCCACGGUUGCUUUAGCCAAAGUUAAAUCCUAUGGGACAGAGGACCGGCAUACAGACAGACCAGUGCCACCCAAAGAUGAAAUUUAUGAAUACAUAAUCUUCAGAGGAAGUGACAUCAAAGACAUCACUGUGUCUGAACCGCCGAAGUCGCACCAUGGACUGCCUUGUGACCCUGCUAUUGUUCAGUCAUCCAUUGGCAAUUCCUCUGCUGCUUAUCACCCACGCUGGAGUCCAUACAGAGACAUGAUGCCCACUUACAACCAGCUGGCUGCUAGUUCUCUACUCAACCAGCAGUAUAAUGCAGCACUGGGCCUAGUACCAGGAUUUCACAGCAUCCCAGCGAGAAGAGCUCCCAUGGUCGAACAGGCUGUCCAGACCGUGCCGUUGGUCAGUGCUGCCCAGAAAAUAGAGAGAACCUCAACCAAGCCGCAAGGCCGCCAGCCUGUUCGUCCAACCCAGCGCUCUGCUCGGGGUGGCUCCCAGGUUCAGAAGGAGAAUGUACCCACAAGUCGGGCACCAUCUCAGCCAAGUGCAGCCAAGAUUCAAGGCCAAGACAGUGAGAACCAAAGGCAAAAACAAGGCAAUCGCAGGUCAAGAAAUCGAAGCAGAGGCCAACUUCUUGUGAAAAACUCGAAGGCCACGACCUUGCAGUUCGAGUCAGAUUUUGACUUUGAAACUGCAAAUGCUCAGUUUAAUGAUGAUCUGACAAAGGAGGUUGUAGUUGAAAAGGUGGAUUCUGGCAAGCCCCAGGACAGCCAGGGUAUGCAGGAGGAGGAAACUCCCGGAGAGAAGUAUUAUGACAAAGCCAAAUGUUUCUUUGACAACAUCUCAUCAGACCUUAAGCCCAGGAGAACCACCUGGGCAGAGGAGAAAAAGUUGAACAUGGAAACAUUUGGAGUGCCUGGCCGCUUCCUGAGAGGCAGAGGAUUCAGGGGCCGAGGACGCAGUGGGCAGAGCACCGCUGAGCAGCGACCCCUCCCAAAAAUUGGUAGUGGGAGGGUGUGAAGUUUAGUUUGACUUUUCGUUAACUUUUUCUGUAAAUAUUGUAGUUUUGUAGUAUUGUGGCUUAUUUAAAAACUACCUCCCUACUUUCCCCACCCCAUUUGAAGCAAAGAUGUUUUUCUUUUCUUUAUCCCAACUCUAUGCAUCAGGGAAUUUUGUAACUUUCAUAUUAUAUGAAAUGGGAGAGCAAUUUCUUUGUAAUUAUGCAGCUGUAUGCUAGAAACAAAUCUGUUGGUUUGGUAAAAUGCAAUGUAGAAUUUGUCUUUUGAACAGGCCAGCAGGAAUCUAAUUUAGGUUAUCUGUGUUUAUUUUUUUUAUUUUUAUUUUUUUUGCUAAAUGUAUUAAAUUGUCUACUUGGCUGUCUAAAUGUAACUCCAAAUUGCUUUUGGAGUACAGCUGUACUUUUAUUUUUCUCCCCAUAAUGUAAAAUGAUAACUAAAAGACUGUGGAGGACUUUAACAGUUGCUAUUAAAUAAGUUAUGAUUUACGGA